AAUUUAUUCGUUUCGAAUCAAUAGGGUUCAUUCGAGUUGACAUAUUGUUAAAUUUUCCUCCAGUUCGGUAGAUAAAAUCAAAUUCGUUUGUUAUCAUUAGAUUUUGAACUCAAACUCGUUAGAAAAAAACUGGUGCGUGUACUUAUGUACGCACGCAAGAAGUUAUACUUCUUUAGCGUAACAAAACAUUUUUUUCGCAGCCUACAACGUUCCGCAUUAAUUUGCGUUUUGUUUUCCUUAUUCUUCUCCCUUAGAAAACGAUAUUUUUUACAUAUCUCUGCAUUAGUUUUAGGCAUCUCGAAAACAUAACCAAAUGACUUCAUGCGUCAACGGACAUGGCGCGGUCCUGCUCUAUCAUUUAAGUCAAGCAACGCUUUGAGUACGAUUACAACUUGGAUAGGUGACCGCUUGAGAAAAAAAAGAGAGGAAGAAGACGAGAGAAGAAGAUUCAUGCCGUACAUUUGAAAUCGCUUUGCCCGCUCAUCGUUAAUAUCAAAAACUUUGUGGUGUCGAUUUUUCGGUCGCAUCGUCAAAUUCACUCUCAUCACUUUAUCCCACUUAUCCGCUAAAAGAGGUAUAAAUUCAAUAAUAAAUAUAAGUAAAGUUAAUAUGUUAACGAAACGAAAUAAAAAUAAAUUUCGCGCUUGAUGAAAUAAAUAAUGAAUUAAACAUAUAAUUUGAACACAGAUAUUGAACCAAUUCGCUUUUCUUAGCAUUCCCUCGGGUAAUAUUUGCAUCCGAACAAAUGCCGAAUGUAAGUUUCCCUGCCAUCUGUUGGAAGUUACGGUACUAGACCGCAUUUUUCCUCAUGUGUCGCGCGCUUUCAUGUUUCCGAACGUUUAUACCGGUGCAUUUUGUUUCCUCGUAGUAUUUUUUCAUGUGGAAGAUACAAUAUUAAAAGUGCAAACAUGGGUGUGACAGUCCUGCAGCAAUUUCCGAUGACGGAAAACAGAACGGGACCGCAGACAAUAGAGUUUUUGACAAAAAGGAUAGUUGCUCUUGGAGCCGUACAAUCUGGACAAUUUCUCGUCGAUUGUGAAACUUACAUGUCGGUACCACAAUUGGGUGUUCAAAGAACCGUUCACGUGCUACACAACUCGGAACAACCAGCCUCUGUUUUCGCUCUUCUCGAGUCCGGCAAUAAGAUAGUGCCAUUGAUCGCGGAUAGCCUCUUCGAUCUUCUCAUGAUGAAGAUGACGAGUAUCUAUACGAGUAAAAAACAAACUAAAAUCGAAUCGAAAGGGCCGCGUUUCGAGAUUGGAGACUUUUGCGUUAAACUCGGCAGCGUCACCAUGAGCCAGAACUUCAAAGGUAUCCUUGUCGAAGUCGAGUAUAGACCCUGUGUCAUUCCGGGAAGUGCAUGGGAACUUCUACGAGAGUUUCUUCAAGGAUUUCUAGGCUCUGCUGUAUCAAAUCAAGCUCCUCAAUAUUUGCAGAAUCGAAUGAAUGAUAUUUAUCAACCAAUGGAUACGAUACAACAAUAUUUGGAACAUUUUGGACAAUACAGAAAAGCCACCGGAGUAAUUUAAGUUCUUUUUUUAAUAAAGAUCGAUAAACAAUUAAAAGAUAUUAUGAUUCUAGAACUCUAUUUAUCAAGAUUUGUAUUUCAGAGAUAAUAAACUUUUAUUAUCUUUUCAAUAUUAACGCGUAUAUUGAGAAUCAAUAAAUA